AUGCACUGUCUCCCCGAUCCCUCGAACUCCCGUCAACAUGGGAUAGACGUGAACGAAAUCCGCAGCUCCAGGACGAGCCACGGAGAGGCGUUCUGGGUGAGUUCCCUUACUCACUUGAGCGGCAAGCAAGUAGGCAGGCUUCCGUAUGAGCGUAUGGAUCCGCAGGUCCUGGAUAGUCCUCCAACGACGAUCCACAACAUCCCGCAGCCAGACUUCGAGGAGCUUCUCCCUUACGACGAGGUCCAGUCGAAACAGUUCUCGACGUUUGACCUGUGCGCAUUCGAUGGGCUCAGCCUACUCGUGGACGUAGAAUCCGCCACCCACUGGGAAUAGACCAUCGAAGAAGUCAAA